AGAAUGACCCCGCAGCCAAUGGCAGGCGAGAGAGGGGGCGGGUUUGUUUUCGCUUCGGUCCCUCACAAUAUUUUUCCCUGAAGGAGAGAGAGGAGGCCUGAGCGGCUGAAUUAACGAGUGCCUGUUUACCUGGGAAGAAACAAGACUGCCAGAGCCGUGCUGCAGAUAUCCUGCUGACAAUCCCUGAAGACAAAACUGGAUUAUCCUUGUGAAAGAGAAGAUUCAACAAUGGAGCCUGUCCAUAUUAAAGAGGAGAGUCCUGUCCUAGAAUCAGUCCAUGUUAAAGAGGAGAGUCCUGCACUGGAAUCAGUCCAUAUUAAAGUGGAGAGUCCAGUACUAGAAUCAGUCCAUAUUAAAGAGGAGAGACCUGUACUAGAAUCAGUCCAUAUUAAAGAGGAGAGUCCUGAACUAGAAUCAGUCCAUAUUAAAAGGGUUAUUCUCAAUUCUAAAUCCUUAAGCAGCUUGCAGGGCUCUCUUCCCUGUCCUGGAUGUGGGGAGAGUUUUAAUCCUGAAGGAAACCUUGAAACAUCUCCUGGAAAGACUCUGCAUCGCUGUGCUGGAUGUGUGAAGACUUUCAGGGAGUCAGGAAUCCUGAACGGACAGCAGCAAACAGGCACUGGAAAGACUCCGUAUAACUGUCAUGAAUGCGGGGCAGAUUUCAGACACCACAGCACCAUGAAACACCACCUGCGAGUUCUGAAGGUACAGCUGGGUUAUCCUUGUGAAAGGCAGGAUUCAGAGAUGGAGCCUGUCCACAUUAAAGAGGAGCUUCCUGAACUAGACCCUGUCCAUGUUGAAGAGGAGGGUAACCAUUUUAAAACAAGCAGCUUGCAGGGCUCUCUGUCCUGUACAGAAUGUGGAAAGAGUUUCAGUCAGUCACAAAACCUGAAACGUCACCAGCGAAUCCACACUGGAGAGAAACCGUAUGUCUGUACUGACUGUGGGAAGAGUUUCAGACAGUCAGGUGAUUUGAAAACCCACCAGAGAAUUCACACUGGAGAGAAUCCGCAUCCAUGUAGUAGAUGUGGGAAAUGUUUCAAUCGGUUAGCAAAUCUUAAAAUCCACCAGUUAAUCCACACAGGAGAAAAGCCACAUCACUGUAAUUAUUGUGGGAAGAGUUUCAGACAGUUACACCACCUGAAGUUUCACCAGCGAAUCCACACUGGAGAGAAACCGUAUGUCUGUGCUGACUGUGGGAAGAGUUUCAAUGAGUCAAGAACAUUGAGAAGACACCAGCAAAUCCACACAGGAGAGAAACCAUGUGUCUGUGCUGACUGUGGGAAGAGUUUCAAUCAGUCAGGCUAUUUGACAAAACACCGGCAAAUUCACACUGGAGAGAAACCAUGUGUCUGUGCUGACUGUGGGAAGAGUUUCAGAAAUUUACAAAGCCUGAAACGUCACCAGAGAAUUCACACUGGAGAGAAACCAUAUCUCUGUGUUGACUGUGGGAAGAGAUUCAGACAUUUAGAAAACCUGAAACGUCACCUCCUGAUACACACUGGAGAGAAACCGCAUCCAUGUAGUAGAUGUGGGAAGUGUUUCAAUCACUUAACAAAUCUUAAAAAACACCAGUUAAUUCACACAGGAGAGAAGCCACAUCGCUGUAAUGACUGGGAAGAGUUUCAAACAGUCACGCAACUUGAAAAUGCACCAGCGAAUCCACACAGGAGAGAAACCGCAUGUCUGUGCUAACUGUGGGAAGAGAUUCAGGUGGAUAUACAGCUUUAAAAGACUCCAGCGAUUUGAUGUCUACAGAUGUUCUGAAUUAGUUACUUUAUGAAGUACAUUUCUAGUAUGUGUGAUACGAGGCGAAGCCAAGUGCCUCCAACCCCUGAGAAGUCUGUAUAUUCAACGUAUACGGUGUGGGAGAAAUUCAUAGUUGUAAUUGAAUGUACUUUAUAAAAUGACAUUUAACAUCUUAAACUUUACAAAAAUAGAACAAAAAUAUCAGUAUAUGUAAAUAUUAAUCACAUAAUGGAGGCUUCGUCCUCUGUUAAGAAAUGAACAUUAGUUAAUAUGUUUGUAUAUUACCAACAUAGCAGGGGUGGCCAAGGAUAUUGAGGUAAAUAUAUCGAAAACAAUAUGCACUACAACGACCAUAUUGCAUUUAUAAUCCAGGUCAAACUGGAGUUGAAAAAAAAAAAUAGGAAAACAUUUUUUUCUUUUAUUAAGUAUCCUUCCACCAAUAAAUGGACCAAAAAGUAAUCUGUUCUGUUCAGACAGUGCUGAAAUAAAUAUCUUUUUUCUCAGCUGUUUCAGCAGAAUGGCGAGACUAGCAAUAAAAAUAAAUAAAUAAAUUCAAUGCCGGCUCAGAUUUCAUUAGUUUUUCCAGGUCUGUGUCGGGUGGUCGUCUUUCUGGUUGGUUGGCAUGC